AUGUCCCCGCAGCCUGCUGCUGGCACCCACACGGGACACUCCGAGAACAGAGAAAACGUGAAUGAAAGAAAAAGGGUGAAGACUGAAAAUAAAGGAUUCGGAUGGACACGGACCGGGCGCCUCCGCGGCGGGCACACCCGCCCGCCCCGUCGGGGUCGGCCGUCCGCUCUGACGCGGGCGGCACUCAGUCGUCAGCACGCGGGCAGCCUCGCUCACAGAGGCGGCCUCGCUCACAGUCGCUGCCAGGAGCCCGCCGCUCGCCCUCCCCGUCCCGGGCAAGCAGGGCCGCUGACUGGGGUCCCGAAGGCUGUUCAUGCGGGCGCGCCUGCCAGCACCUGGGAGAGGCCACCCCCGGUCUCCUCCUCACACCGCGCGGCGGCCAGAAGCUCCGUGCCGCUCCCGCGCACCCAGUACGCCCUGGGAAGCGCGCGCGCUACCGGCUUAACGGUUCUGGCCCCGCGGGGCUGCGGCCGCGCUCGAGGCCAGCCACCCAAGGCCCCGCCCCGCGCCCGCCUCGCGCCCCUCGGAGCCGCCGUCGGCCCCGCCCCCGCCAUCCCCGCAGCCCUCGGCCUCGAGCAGACGCGCGGCGAGAGCCGUUCCCCGACGGGCAGCGGGGCGCUGGGUCGCCGCGUUUGGGCUGAGCGCGGCGACGCUGCUGCCCCGAAAUCCUCCCCGAUCUUGAGGCGGUAA